CGAGACCCGAGCAUGGAUGCUAGAGCCCAGAGGCCGGUUUCGGGGCGGCGCCAAGUUCGUGAGUGGGGGCGAGGCUUCCCGAGGAGCCAGCGGCGGCCACGUCCCGCCGGCCCGGUGAAAAGCUAGCCCCCAUCUUGUGGUCCUCUGGGCCUCCAGACAUGUCGGAGGUGAAAAGCCGAAGGAAGCCCGGGUCGAAGGGAGUCCCUGCGGAGCCCGAGAAGCGGAGCGAGGGCAGAAAGAGCCGCGAGGGGCGCGACGGCGCGGGCUGGGCGGACCCCCGCACCGGCCUGAGUCUGCUGUCGCUGGGGACGUGCCUGGGCCUGGCCUGGCUUGUAUUUCAACAGUCAGAAAAGUUUGCAAAGGUGGAAAACCAAUACCAAUUAAUGAAAAUAGAAAGCAGUAAGUUCCAAGAACUUCAAAGUAAAAUCAGCUUGAUUUCAGAAAAGUAUCAGAAAUGUGAAGCUCUUGUGGAACAACUGAAGUCUUUUCAGAUGAUUGCUCAUUUAAAGCAUCUACAGGAAGACAUUUAUGAGAUGAAGAUGCAGUCUAACAGAAUCACUGGAACACAAGAUGUGUUGAAUAACAAUUUGACAGCUCUUUCUCAAGACAUUACAGAUAUAGACCAGAGUACCACUUCCAUGGCAAAAGAUGUAGGUCUCAAGAUUACCACCGUGAAAACAGAUAUCCGACGUAUUUCAGGGUUAGUGACGGAUGUAGCAACCUUAACAGAGUCAGUACAAAAAUUAGAAAAUAAAAUAGAAAAAGUAGAAAAAAAUACAGUGAAAAAUAUAGGCGAGCUUCUCUCAAGUAGCAUUGACCGAACAACAGCACUCCGAAAGACAGCAUCUGAAAAUUCACAAAGAAUCAACUCUGUCAUGAAGACCCUAACUGAGCUCAAGAGUGACUUUGACAAGCACACAGACAGGUUUUUAAGCUUAGAAAGCGACAGAGCUAAAGUUCUGAAGACAGUGACUUUUGCAAAUGAUCUAAAACCAAAGGUGUACAAUCUAAAGAAGGACUUCUCCCGCUUGGAACCAUUGGUAAACGAUUUAACACUGCGCAUUGGGAGGUUGGGUACUGACUUACUACAAAGAGAGAAAGACAUUGCAUUCUUAAGUGAAAAAAUAUCUAAUUUAACAAUAGUUCAAGCUGAGAUUAAGGAUAUUAAAGAUGAAAUAACACAUUUUUCAAAUGUUGAUUAAUAUUACAUUUAUAUUAGAAGUAGUUUUUUGUUGUUUAUUUUGAGGUAGGAUCUGACUGUAGCCCAGGCUGACCUGGAAUUCACUAUGUAGUCUCAGGAUGGCCUUAAACUCAGGCCGAUCCUUCUACCUCUGCCUCCUGAGUGCUGAGAUUAAAGGCCUGAGCCACCACAACUGGCCAACGUAGCUUGUUUUAAAUGAGACCUUUUCAAUGAGUUUUGAAAAGACUGAAAAUCAGAAAUACUUGUAUUUUGGAAUGAAUACCAUUUUGUAUUUGAUAAUAUUUUAUACAAAUUUAGGAUCAGCUAGGAGGCAAACCUCCAGGCAUGUUUCACUGAGUUUCUAGAUUGGAUUGAGGGAACACCUACCAGAACUGCAGGUGGCACCAGUCCACAGGCUGUAGUCCUGGACUGAACAAAAAGGGAAAGGUGUGGGAGCACCAGCAUUCAUCUCUGCCUCCCGACUGCAGACACAAUGUGACCAGCUGUCUCACAUCUCUGCCACCAUGCCUUCCCCACCAUGAUGGGCGGUACCCUCAAACCAUGAGCCAAAAAAUAAAGCCUUCCUCCCUUCAGUUGUCUGCAAGGUAUUUUGUCACAGUAAUGGGAGAAGCAAUAUGCCACCCAGGUAGCACUGGGGAGUGUAGACAGAACUUCCUCUAAAGAACUUUUCCCUCAGGAAUCACUGUUCACUGCUCUGGCAUUCAUUAAAGAAAGAAUCUAGAAUGGUUAUAGCCAGGGAACUACAAAAUAAGAGUCAAGAAAGUCUUCCUAGUUUUCAGAAACAGGAAACAUAAAUGGUCUUAGUUUGAGCUGAACACCCAAGGUGAAAUGUCAAACAACAGAAAUUUAUUCCUCACUAGAGGAAUUCCCUGCUAGAGGCUGGGAAGUUCAGAAACAAGUCUUGGCAGAACUGGGGACUGGUAGGGGCUUUCUGGUUCAUAGGUGGUAGACCACUAUAGCCUCACACAACAGCUCUCUGGACCCCCUUUUACAAAGGCUCUGCCUUCACGACCCUGUCAUCUCCCAAACAUGUCUCACUAGUUAUCAGAUUUCAACAUAUGGGUUUAGAGGAGAUAUAAACAUUCAAAGCAAGUAGGUUACCAAAAAUGGGAUAAGAGAGUGACAUCUAGAGCAGUGUUGGUGGGGAAAGAAGGAGUGGAAAUAAUGGGGCAGACAGAGGCUCUGCCUCAAGGCAAUAUAAUGCAUGUGCCAUGGUGACACCAACAGAAACAGCCAAGGCAACCAGAGAAGAUUUUAACAUUGAAAAUAGCAUUAGCGGGCUGGAGAGAUGGCUUAGUGGUUAAGGCGCUUGCCUGCAAAGCCAAAGGACCCAGGUU